CCGCAACUAAGCUCCCGUGCUUAUCGCACGGGUCGGUGUCGAUUCUUGGAAGGCGGCGGAGAUGGAGACGCGUUGACGGUGCUUCCGGCGAUCGGAGAGCGGCCGGAGACGUCGAAGUACGACUUCUUCGGUGUCUACGACGGCCACGCGGUCCUCAGGUGGCGGCGGCGUGGUAGGGAGAGCUGCACGCUGUUCUUGCUGACGUGGCGAGCGGAGAACUGGCCGGAGGGGAUGGGCCGGUGAGGAGGUGGAGGGAGGUCAUGGUCGAGUGCUUCGCCAGGGUUGACGAGGUGGCGACGGCGGCGGGCGGAUCGAGGGCGGAGGCGACGGAGAGGACAGUGGGGUCCACCGCGGGUGCGGUGGUGGGAUCCACUCAGAUUGUGGUGGCAACUGCGGAGAUUCGAGGGGGUUUGUCGAGAGGUGGGGUCGCUGUUCCGCUUUCGUCUGAUCAUAAGCCUGACAGACCAGAUGAGCUGCAGAGAGUGGAAGCAGCUGGUGGCCGAGUUAUUAACUGGGGUGGUUACCGCGUCUUAGGAGUGCUGGCGACUUCUAGAUCAAUAGGGGACUACUACCUGAAACCGUAUGUGAUCUCAGAACCUGAGGUUACAGUUACCAAUCGAACAGACAAAGACGAAUUCCUCAUACUAGCAAGUGACGGGCUGUGGGAUGUAAUUUCCAACGAAAUUGCAUGCAAGAUCACGAGACAAUGUCUCAGAGGACGGGUAGCCAGGGUUUUUCCUCAGGCGCUCUGUGGGAGUUCAGCAGCAGAAGCAGCUGCUUUCCUAGCCGAGCUUGCCAUGUCCCGAGGUAGUAGAGACAACAUUACUGUAGUUGUUGUCGAGCUAAAAAGAUUAAGCAGAGCGGCAGUACAAUAACGGCUUGUGCUAUUCUUUUAAGUUUCCCUCCUUGUUCAGAGUCUGGUCCCAGGUAGUUGGUUCCAAAGGUGCUAUUAGCUUAAGAAAGCUAUGGCUUAAACCAAUUUUCUUGGGGAUUAAGAUCUCUGAAAGGAUGGAAAGGUGUUAAGAGUUGUCCUUAUUUAAGAAGUAUCAAUACAAUGGCCUUCCAUAUUCCCUCUUUUAGUAUAUUGAGAGUAUAACGGGUUUAUGGAUUCUCUGAGAGAUUUCCGAUUUCCUUCUUAUGCCGCAGCUCUUUUGAUGGUGUUAAUGACUCCAAUGGCAUUAUUUCAUCUAGUGAUGUGUUCGCGAAAUUGCUCGAGUUUUGAAGCCUUUUCAUCUGAUUUGUUGAAUUGUUCAGUAAACACCGAUGUGAUGUGGAGCAGAAAUUGCUCAAGUCCUUAAUCCCUCUUUUCAUGACGUUUCGAGUUACAGGAGCAGAAAUUUCGGCUGUUCUUUUCUUGUACUACAUUUCUUGUACUACAUUUUCUCUUCAAUGAUCCGUGCGUUAUGUGACC